AUGGCAAACCUCAUUCGUGUGGACUGGAACACAUGUUGGGUCUGCAAACAUCAGAACCUCUCUCAGGCUCUAAUCUGCGCAAUUUGCACAGCCGAAAUACCGCCGAGCAAAAUUGGUCUCAAGAAAUUGACUUACUGCAUCUAUUCGUUUGGCUCCCGCGCAACAAAGUUCUGCUGCGUGAAACUCAAUGCAGCCCUCCUCGACGAUGCCGUUGGCGCUUUGCAACUUCAACACGACACGCCAGUCGUUAUACGCGCUGGAACAAAUCAAAUGCAGGCUAUACUGAUCAAGGAUACCAACGGGGAAAUUCGGUUAUCAAUUGAAGGAGUGCCCGACAGCGUAGCUACAGUGCCCCCGCCUGCAGGCAGCAACAAAAUUGCCGAGUUUCGGGCAGCUAGCAGACAUAUACUAGCUGCAGAUCCGGAUCAAACUCCUGGUAAGACCCUCCCAUUCCAACCGUGA